UCUGGGACGUGACGCCUUCUUCCUGCGCGCGUUGCUGUUUUUCUUCUCGGCUACUGAGAGUCCUUUUGGUUGCCGCCAUCAUGUCGUCAGAUCCUGGCAGUUAUGGAAGCUAUGGAGGACCACCUCAGCAAGGUUAUGCUGGUUAUGGAACUCAAGGUGGACAAACUGCUGGACAGCCUGCACAGGACUUUUCUGGCUAUGGGCAGACAGCAGAGCCAUCUGCUUAUGGACAAAACUAUGGAGGCUACAGUUCCAGUUAUGGACAAAGUCAGGCAGGUGGUUAUGGACAGCCUUCACAAGGACAGAGCCAAGCACCCUAUGAAAGCCAACAGUCAUUUGCAGGCUAUGCCCAGCCGAGUUCAGAAUCUACCAGCAGAGGCGGGUACAGUAACAGAGGACCAUAUGGUGACAACCAGCCAGGUAACACUAGGCAGACGCAUCAGGACUCCUAUGACCAGCAAGAUUAUGGACAAAAGCCACAACCCGCUUAUGGGCAGCAACAACCUCAAGGUUCCUAUGAACAUUCGGGCUAUGGACAGCAGCAGUCGUUUUCUUCGCCGAGUGAGGGCUAUGGCGCUUCCUCGCAAGAUGAGCGAAAAGACACAGGCAGGUAUGGUGAUAAUGGAGGCUAUGGUGGAUCCCAGAAUUUUGGGGGUGGCCGAGGCCGUGGUGGCCAUGAUGAUCGUCAAAGUGGUUAUGAAGAUCGUCGCGGUGGCAUGAGCGGUGGUGACCGAGGUGGCUUCAAAAAUUAUGGUGGCCCCAAGGAUUAUGGGAGCACACCUGACCAAGAUGAUGGAGACAAUUCUGACAAUAAUACAAUAUUUGUGCAAGGUCUUGGAGAGGAUGUGUCUCCAGAUCAGGUGGCUGAUUACUUCAAACAAAUAGGAAUAAUAAAGAUUAAUAAGAAGACAGCAAAGCCAAUGAUAAAUCUUUACACGGACAAGGAAACUGGCAAAUCUAAAGGUGAAGCUACUGUGUCUUUUGAUGAUCCUCCCUCUGCCAAAGCAGCUAUUGAAUGGUUUAAUGGGAAAGAUUUUAUGGGCAGUAUCAUUAAAGUCUCCUUUGCUACUCGAAGACCUGAAUUCAUGAAAGGAGGAGCUAGUAGCAGCAGCAGCGGCAGCGGCGGUGGUGGUGGUGGUGGAGGAGGAGGUAGACGUGGCUCUGGUCAUAGAGGCGGUGGCUUUGGUGGUCGUGGCUCUUUCAGAGGUAGCAGUGGUGGACCUCAAGGUGGUGACUGGGUUUGUCCAAAUCCUACAUGCGGUAAUGUUAACUUUGCCAGAAGAGAUUCCUGUAACCAGUGCAGUACCGCCAGGCCAGGAGACUCCAGACAGGGUGGAGAUCGAGGGAGAGGUGGCUAUGGGGGUGAUAGAGGAGGAUUCCGAGGUCGUGGAAGGGGUGGUGACCGAGGUGGCUUCGGAGGAAAGAUGGGAGGAAGGAAUGACUUCAGAAGCGACCAGCGCAACAGACCAUAUUGAGCUGUAUUUCAUCUCUUCUGCUUUACACAUGGGCCUCAUUCUACUUAGAAUUAAGUUACAGAUUACUUGAUUUAGUUUUUAUUUGGUAUUUACCCCAUAAUGUGAGGAUAUGUUUUUCCCAUUUAGGGAACUAUUGGAAAAGUAAUUUACACAAUUAUGACCCUAAAUUCUUCCGUUUUGAAAAUUAAAGUAUGAAAUAUUGCCAAAAGCAUUUUUGUAAUACAAUAAACAUGACUUGUUUUUA